UCAACAGGUCUGCCUGUGGAUCUACUGAAAGCGACGCUACUACUCCAUUCUGAUCUGAGUUCGCGUCCCUCCCAAAAGUUCCAUAUGAGGGGGCAGCAGCCAGCCGGCCGAUUGUCCGCAGCUCCCCGGGGAUGAGUCACCCUCCGUCUGCCACUGCUACUUGCGUGCUGGGCUCUCUCUGGGACGAUACUGCAGUAGACACACCGUCACCGACCGACUCGGGAUUUGUUUUUGUCGGAGUGUGAUCCAUGGCGAGUGUGUGUGUCUGUAUGUAGGCGGUAGCCUACGGCGCCACGCACGCCGGGCUAGACCCAUGCGCGUAACCGGGUGAUUUCUCUUCAAUCCCCGCACGCGGUGGGAUUUUCGGUGGGAUGGCGUACAGCUGAGGGAAACCGGGAUCUCGUUAUGCAUCGAUAUGGAUCGCCACCACGCAGCUGGCUCGGGCUACGCUUACGUCUGGGUGAGAAGCCACUGCCAGAGGAUAAGGGAGGAGCCAUCCAGUGUCAGCACCCUUCAUGCCCCACCCCUAGACCCGCCUCCAAGGUGUGCCACCACGCCGCGUGUCAGGAGUUAAGGGGCGGAGCUCCGCUGCACCUGUGUGAGUCAUGUGACUCCCGCUGUCACCCGGUUGCCCCUGACAACAACAUGCUCUGUGACCGACACCCUCGCUUCGACCUGCAGCCUCAAGGUUCCAUCCUGGCCCGUAACGUGUCUGUGCGCUCCUGCCCUCCCCGCACGGGACACAGCCCCCCCUCAGACAUGGAGGACCCAGAAGACUGGACCGCAGACAUGGGGGAUCGUAAGAGUGGAGGGAUGAAGCUUGUCAAGAAGAAGCCGCGACGGAGACACACAGACGAUCCCAGUAAGGAGUGUUUCACUCUGAAGUUUGACCUGAAUGUGGAUGUUGACAUGGAGGUGGUUCCAGCCGUGAAGAAGAAAACACUCAGGGAGGUGUUGACCCCUGUGUUUGAGGCGAGGGGUAUUGAGUUGUGUCAGGUGGAGCUGCUCCUGGAUCAGUCCAAUACGCCGCUCUCUCUCGCCUUCGAGGCCUACAGGUUUGGAGGACAUGACCUGAGAGUCAGAGCGCGAGCGGGGGAGGAGUUGAAGUUGGAGCAUACCCUGAAGGAUCCGCGCUCUCUCUCACUCCCCAUCCUGCGCUCUACUGCCCCCACUGGUACUGGAGGACAACGACCAGAACACCGAUCACUAGGGCGCAAGGACUCACAAGACAUACUGGGACAGACUCGGCGGCGUAAGAACAUGGCGGAGUUCCUGGGUGACUCCAUGACCCCGCCCCCUGAGACGCCCCCUCUGAGUGCAUCGCUGCCUCCCAUUGGUGGAGGAGAGAGGUGGAAGAACAAAGCGGCCAAUCGCUUCAGCGUAUUCUUUAGCUCCGGCUCCACUAACGGGGCCCCCGGGAAGGAGUUGGACCGUGUGGAGCAGCUUCAGAGUAAACUCCAGUCGUACACGCGCUUCGGAUUACCCAGAAUUCCUCAGCAGCUGUGUUUCUAUAGAGACGCCUGGGGGGAGGAGGAGCCAGACAUGGAGAUGGAGGAGAGCUGGACACAACUACUGGACACGCCAGAGGCUUUGAGCAGGAGGCAGGUACAUCAGCAGGAGGCCAUUUGGGAGCUACUGCAGACGGAAGCGGCCUACAUCAAGAAACUACACGUCAUCACAGACUUGUUCCUGAGUGCCUUAUUAAACCUCCAGGAGAGCGGUCUGCUGUGUGAGGUGGAGGCGUCUCGGCUCUUCAGUAAUGUCCAGGAGCUGCUGCACCUCCACAACUCCCUCUGGACGGAGGUCAUGCUCCCCGCACUACAGACCGCUCGCAACACACGCACAUCACUCGACCCCACACUGCUCUACGAGGGCUUCAUCACGUUUGGCUACAGGUUUAAGCCCUACAUCCGUUACUGUAUGGAGGAAGAGGCCUGUAUGGAGUACAUGCGCAGCCUGGUCAAAGAAAACGAACUGUUCAGGAUAUACGUCACUUGGGCGGAGACCCAUAAGCAGUGUUCUCGUCUGAAGUUGACGGACAUGUUGGCUAAGCCUCAUCAGCGCCUCACCAAGUAUCCCCUGCUGCUCAAGAGCGUCCUCAAGAGGACAGACGACGCCAGCGCACGCGAUGCACUCAGCAGGAUGGUGUUGUCAGUAGAGGGCUUCAUCAACGGUGUGGAUGGCCAGAUGAGGCAGAGAGAGGAGAGGCUGAGGCUGGAGGCCAUCGCAGCCCGCAUAGAGGCCUACGAACCAGUGGAGGCAGGAUCAGAGGAGGUGGACAAGAUCCUGCGUGAGUUUAACCAGUUUGACCUGAUGUCCCCGGUGUUGGGGGCCCCCCCUGAGGAGACCAGGCAGCUGUACCUGGAGGGACCGCUACGCAUGAAGGAGGGCAAGGAUAGCAGGGUGGAUGUCUACUGUUUCCUCUUUACUGAUCUCUUCCUGGUAACGCGGGCUGUGAAGCGAGAGCGUGUGCGUGUGCUGCGAGCUCCGCUGCUUCUCCACCGGCUGGUGUGUCGCGAGCUGCGAGAUGCCGGAACGUUCCUGCUGCUGCCCCUGAACGAGCUGAUGCUGCCCACGCACGCAUACACCUUCACCGCACACACACACACCCAGGGCAAGAGCUGGCUGGAGGCCAUCACUAACGUACAGAGCCAGUACCAGAGGCUGCGCGACGAGGCCAGCGAGCGACAGCGUUUGAUUGGGCGAGGCCGAAGGAGAGAGGAAGAGGAAAUGGAGGAAGAGGAAGAGGAGGGGACAGAGAGCAGCAUCAGCACCUCAAGCUCCCCAUCACUACCGCACAGGGAUCUCAACAGCCAAUCAGAGGGCUCGACUGAGACUCUCUCGGUGGUGGCCAUGGACGACUCGGACGCCGUCGACUCUCCGUAUCCCGCAGUGACAGAGAAGGUGGGGCCUGAUGAGGCUCCGUUGGGUUCUGGUUGGCCAAUCUCUAAAGGGGAGGAGCCUGUGGUGGCGGAGGAGGAGGACCCCGAGAGUCGCUCGCUCUCAUUGGACAGUGCCUACGGAACCCUGUCGCCCCAAUCGCUGGCUACGCUGGAGCUCAGGGCGGGGCUAGAGCAGGCCGGUCUCAUGUUGGCCAAUCAGAGCGAAGGGGAGGAGACGGAGGCGGAGUUUGAGGAGGAGGUGUUUGAGGAAGAGGAGGAGGAAGAGGAAGAAGGAGAGGGGUCGACAUGGAACGGCUCCCAGGUGACGGUUACCGAGACGACCUAUGUGGAAGAGACGGGACCUGAGACUCCCAAGAUGGCCGCCGCAGGCCCGUUAUUACGGCGACGCCCCCCAGUAGUACACAGCUCUCGCCCCGCCCACCGCUCGCGCUCAGAAGACGACCUGCGUAGCCAUAGCAACCACCCCUCCUCCCAUUCUAGACCCACCCUCUUCUCCAGGCAAGCCUCCCGCAGUGCAGACCUCCUGCUCUCCGAUAGGUCCAGGCCGGCAGAGCUGCUCCUCACCGAUUGGCCAGGGCCAGCGGAGAACCUCCUAUCAGGAGAGGAGAUGGCUGGGCUGAGGGGCGUGUCUCUAGCGUUGGCCGGCCCCCUUCUCCGGGCUCAGGGAAGACAGAAUCGAACCCUCAGCUGCCCAAGUGCAGGACAUGAGGAUGAUGAUGAGGAGGAGCAGCUCUAUGAGGAGGAGGAGGAAGAGGUGGAGUAUGAGGAAGAUGAGGAGCUGAGGACACCUACUGGUGUGGAAGAGAAUAGCAGCAGCAGCAGCAGCAACGUCAGGUCAGCUCAACAGCAGAAGAAGAAACUCACCAGUGCCCAACUGCAGAGGCUGCGCUCACGCAUGGUGCUAAACUCAACACUCACCGCCUCGGAGGUGUAGCGUUCCAUCAGCCCAGGGGGAGAAUCACCAUGAGCUGGUCUUCUGGUGGAACCCUCCUCACAUCAGGCCCUGUCGUCAUGACGAUGGAGCCAUCGCCUACGGUAGCAUAGCAACAGCAACGCGGCAACCUCCCAGCCUCAGCACCCACCCUCUGGACUCUCUUGUUGUUGAUGGACUUAAUUAACACCACCUUCACACACACAUACAUGUCGUACACAUA